UUGCUUUUAUGAAUUUUGAGGUCCGAAAGUGCAAAAAUUGGAUAUUUCUAGGGAUGAAGUGCAAUUUGCCCUAUUCUUAUCUACGUGUCAAUUUGAACCGUGAUGAGAAUUCCUUCGCAUACAACUCAAGUCAAAAUCAAAUUCCCGCCAAUAAAAACCCUAGAUUCCCCGUCACUCUGUAAAUCCCCAAAUUAAAUAUCCGCUUACAACCCCAAAAUCACCCCCAAAUUUUAUCAAACAAAAACCUCACUGAAAAAUGUUGGAGCUGAGGCGGGGUAAUCUGUUGAAGAAGGUGGUAGAAGCGAUUAAAGAUUUUGUGGACGCCGCCAAUUUCGAUUUCUCCGCCACCGGAUUGCGCCUGCAGACAAUGGACUCGAACAGAGCCGCCAUGGUGGAGCUGCUCCUCCCGCAGGAGCGCUUCCACUAUUACCGCUGCGACCGCGAAAUCUCCAUCGGAGUGAACUUGGAAAAAAUGUCGGAUCUUUUGGAGUGCGCCGGAGACGAUGACGUCAUCACCCUCAAGGUAGAAGACGAUGACAGAAACUACUUAACCAUCGUGUUCGAAAAUCCCGCUCGAGAUAUGGUAACUACUUCUAAGAUGAAGCUUGUGGAUAUUCCCGGUGAGCAUAAUACACUACCGGAAAUCGAGUAUCAUGCCACAGUCGAAAUGUCGUCGUUGAAAUUUCGAAAAAUAUGUAGGGAUCUCGACAAUGUAGGUAUUAAAGUUGUGAUCGCCGUCACGAAGGAAGGAGUAACGUUCUCAACAAGUGGCGGUUUAGGAACUAAAACUGUCUUGUGCAAACAAAAUUUCGCUGUGGACAAGGUUGAUUCGAUUUCCCCUUGCCUUUGAACUCUCGACUCCUUUUCUAUAGGCGCAUUUGUGAUAUUUCAUCUUUCUUUUUUUUUUCUUUUUUUUUUUUGGGUCAUAUGCAGC